AUGCAACGAGCUGUAGCUGGGCUGCCGCCUGCCAGCCCCUCCCUUGGUAGAAGAAGGGGCGGCAGCAGCCUCAGUCCCCGGGCCCAGCGGCAGGUAGAGCACAGCUGCUCCGCCGCUGCCAGCAUCCUGGCUCCCGCCACCGGGGUCGAACAGGAGGAGGGUCUUGGCGUGGUGGCGGGCCCGCAUCAGGGAGGCCUGUCGGUGUGUUCAAUGGUGAUGGUGGGGCGCAGCGCGGUGCGGCCCUUACAGUGUGUUUGCCUUGUUUGUGCAAAAGAGAACUUUACGUGUACAACAGACGGGCUCUGCAUUACUUCAGUGACACGAAAUGGAGAUAAAAUUAUACGCAAUAGCAUGUGUAUAGCAGAAAUUGAUCUGAUUCCCAGAGACAGGCCAUUUAUUUGUGCUCCAUCAUCAGCUGAAGGAGUUACUACUGUGCCUCAUUGCUGUGACAAAGAUUUCUGCAAUAGAAUAGACCUUCCAAUUCCAACACCAGGUCCUGCACCAGGAAAGCUUGCUUCUAAUUUAGGACCAGUGGAACUGGCUGCUGUUAUUGCUGGACCGGUCUGUUUUGUUUGCAUUUCACUCAUGUUGAUUCUGUAUAUCUGCCAUAAUCGUGCUGUUAUACACCACCGUGUUCCAAGUGAAGAAGAUCCUUCCAUGGAUCGCCCCUUCAUAUCCGAGGGCACCACUUUAAAAGAUUUAAUUUAUGAUAUGACUACUUCAGGCUCUGGUUCAGGUUUACCAUUACUUGUCCAAAGGACAAUUGCAAGAACAAUUGUGCUGCAAGAAAGUAUUGGGAAAGGUCGCUUCGGAGAAGUCUGGCGGGGGAAAUGGAGAGGAGAAGAAGUUGCAGUGAAGAUUUUCUCGUCAAGAGAAGAACGUUCCUGGUUUCGUGAGGCAGAAAUCUAUCAGACUGUUAUGCUACGUCAUGAAAAUAUUCUUGGGUUUAUAGCUGCAGACAAUAAAGAUAAUGGUACAUGGACACAGCUGUGGCUAGUGUCAGAUUACCACGAGCAUGGAUCUCUCUUUGAUUACCUGAACAGGUACACGGUUACUGUGGAAGGCAUGAUAAAACUAGCUUUGUCUACUGCCAGCGGACUCGCACAUCUUCACAUGGAAAUUGUUGGCACUCAAGGGAAGCCAGCUAUAGCUCACCGAGAUUUGAAGUCAAAAAACAUAUUAGUAAAGAAAAAUGGAACGUGCUGUAUUGCAGAUUUAGGUCUGGCGGUAAGGCAUGAUUCGGCUACAGACACAAUAGAUAUUGCUCCAAACCACAGAGUGGGAACGAAAAGGUACAUGGCUCCUGAAGUACUUGAUGACUCUAUAAACAUGAAACAUUUUGAAUCUUUCAAAAGAGCAGAUAUUUAUGCAAUGGGGCUAGUGUUCUGGGAAAUAGCUCGCCGAUGUUCGAUCGGUGGAAUUCAUGAAGACUACCAGUUACCAUAUUAUGACCUAGUCCCUUCAGAUCCUUCAGUGGAAGAAAUGAGGAAAGUUGUUUGUGAACAGAAGUUACGACCCAAUAUCCCAAACAGAUGGCAAAGCUGUGAGGCGUUACGAGUAAUGGCCAAAAUUAUGCGAGAAUGUUGGUAUGCCAAUGGUGCAGCAAGGCUAACAGCUUUACGUAUAAAGAAAACACUGUCACAGCUCAGCCAGCAAGAGGGCAUAAAAAUGUGAUUUUGGAGGCGGUACUUAAGGAAACUCUUAAAAGUCUGCAUCUGCACUUAGCUUGUGCGUUGAGAAAGCUAAUUGUUCUACCUCACUGAGGGAACAGAAGGAUAUGGCUGCCUUUUUAUACAACAUAGGAAGACCAGUGAUUAGCCCAGGAUUUCUGUGGAUGUGGUAAAUAGUUGUACAUAGUCUUACUGUGCACUAUGAACACCUCUUUUCCCCCCCAGGGCACUCGGAAACUUUUGUCUAGUCUAGCUUCAGUACAGUGUAAAGGCCAAUGCCAGUCUCUGUUGACUGUGUUGAGGACAUGAAGAAUAUGCUUAAGAUAAUGGAGCCGGUGUACACUAUUGAUACAGCACGUUGAAGGAUUUCUUGAAGUGUUUUUUAAGCUGUUUGCUUUGUUCAUGAUUGUACACUGUAUAUUCUGAACCACUCUUGGAUUUUUCUUCAAUUCAGAUGGUAUACCAUUUUUUUCUGGCUACUAAGAGCGAUAUCCUAUUGGACAUUUCUAUCAGGAUUUACAGACAUGACCUCAUUCAUCUGGAGGACCAUACACAACAUAUGCAAUUCUAUUUUGUAUACUAUUUCUGUUAUUUUGCUUCAAAACAUUACAUGCCUUCAAAAUAGAUUGUACUGUACCAGUAAGUGCCACUUUUAAAUCUUAAUGCAAUUCAGUAGGGACAUGCAAAGUCUUUGGUGCUUGUAUAAUUACGUUAAAUACCGUGAUUCCUAACUAAAAGGGGAUUUCAUAGUCACAUGUGAAAAUCCCCCCCCAUUUUUAACCAAAAACUCUAAUUCUGUAGGACUCUAAAUAGCAUACAAGUAAAUUCAAUAAUAUCGUCUCAGUUGUACAUCAUAAUGAGUUGUGGUGUCAGCAGCUGUUUUCAAUUAAGGUAAGCUCUUACAAAGAGUGCUGUAAGAGUCUUUUAAAAUUUGAUGCAAGAACUAAUCUGUUAAACAAGAGUACCUCUCUGGUGCCGCCUUGUUUCUCCAUAGACCUUAUCUGCUUUCACAACAGUGCUUUUGUUAUCAGCCGUCUUUGUGCUUUUUGCAAAGUUGACGCAUGUGGGCAAACAUGUUCACGUGUGCAAAACCCGAGUUUUCAUAGCUUCUGGGGCUGCUGUGUGGACACCUCGUGGGAUCAGUUCAAUAUGCAUAUCAGUUAACAGAUGUUUUGGCACUGCCAGGGCCAGCUGUAU